AUGGGGGAACAGCUUCUUCCGGCCGAUGAUCAAGUGGCGCCACGCUUAUGUCGAGGGCCGGGACCAUCUGGAGUCCAUUCGUCAAACCAUUGCGAAGGGGGACAAUGUAGUGAUGCUUGCAAACCACCAGACCGAGGCAGAUCCGCAGGUGCUAUCCCUACUACUAGAGCGAGAAGGUUGCGAAGAAGUGGCAGAAAAGUGCAUCUUUGUCGCUGGGCACAAGGUGACAACCGAUCGGCUGGCGAUCCCUUUCAGCAAGGGCCGGUAUUUGCUGUCAAUUUACUCGAAGAAGUACUUGGACCAGGGAACAGACGAGGAGCGAGAAGCGAAGGCCACAUCUUCUGGGUGGCGCCGUCAGGUGGCCGCGACCGCAGGCGACCGGAGACGGAUCGAUUCGGCCCCGCGAAGUUCGACCAGGCAUCCGUGGGCCUGUUCCUGCUCCUGGCUCAAAAGGCCGGUCGCGGCGGAGGUCCCAAAACCCAUUUCUUCCCUUUGGCAAUGUGGACCCACAGGCUAGUGCCUCCGCCGGAAGAUGCCAAAGCUGGAGUUGGAGAGGCACGGAGCGCUGCGAGGGCUCCGGUGGGACUGGCAUUUGGAGAGGCAAUGGAUGCAGAACAGCUUGGCGGCCGAAAGAAGUUUCCACCAGCCGUGGAGAAGCGUGUCAACGAGCUGUAUGUGACUUGGCGUGACGCGCAGUC